CAUUAAAUCGGAAUGCCAGAACCUACAAAUGAUAUAAAAAAAUAAAAAAAAAAUAUUUUUUUAUUAUUUUCAUUUCAUUACAGUAAAUCGGAAUGCUUGGAAUAAAAAAAACUUUUGUUUUCUUCAACACCAGCAUACUGAUAUUUAUUAAAUCGGAAAAAAUUGAAAUUCUUUUAUCAAUUCCCAAUUUAAACCAUAGAGCAAUAAAAGAGAAAUAUUUUGUUUUGAGAAAAAAAAAGGUUAAAAGGUUUAAUAUUUAUCCAAAAGAAGCAAAAAAAAAGUAAUCUUAAAGCUAAAAUUAUACUUUUAAUACAAUA